CAAAUUCUGUGGCUGGGUACGAGGCUGCUCGAUUUCGACCUGACGGAGCAGCACGGGAAACCGGAGAUGGCACCGCCGCCGCCGCCGAGUGUGUGCGUCGCCGGCGCCGGCGGGUUCAUCGGCUCGUGGCUCGUCAAGCUCCUCCUCUCCCGCGGCUACGCCGUCCAUGGCACCGUCCGCGACCCAGAUGAUCCCAAGAACGCGUUUCUGAAGCAGCUGGAGAAUGCUCCGGACAAUCUGCACCUGUUCAAGGCCGACGUGCUCGACUGCGCCUCAUUGACGGCGGCGUUCGCCGGCUGCGAGGGGGUCUUCCACCCGGCCUCUCCGGUGCCAGAACAGAAGAUGGUUGAUCCAGAGAAGGAGAUCAUGGCUCCUGCUGUGAAAGGCACCAGAAACGUGCUCGAGGCUUGCUCGGCUGCGGGUGUUCAGAGACUCGUCGUCGUCUCCUCCAUUGCUGCUGUAUGCUUUAACCCGAGCUGGCCUCCGGACAGGCCAAAGGAUGAGACUUCAUGGUCAGACAAGAAGCUCUGCAUGGAAACUGAGAACUGGUACUCUCUUGCCAAAGCUGAAGCUGAAGAGAUGGCCCUAGAAUACGGAAAGAGAAGUGGGCUGCAUGUCGUUUCGGUUUGCCCUGGGAUUGUUUUUGGCCCAAUGUUGCAGGCUGUGAAUGUCAACACUACCACCAAAGCGCUCCUCUAUAUCAUCAACGGGGGCCAUGGCCCUGACACAAUGAACAAUAAAUUCUGGUCUAUUGUGGACGUUCGUGAUGUCGCCGAUGCUCUGCUUCUAGCAUACGAGAAGGCAGGACCAUGUGAGCGAUACAUAUGUGCCCUGGAACGAAUGGACCUGAAGGAUAUGUUAGACUUGAUGAAGGGCAUGUACCCUAACUACAAUUAUGUGGACAAGAUGGUUGAUGUGGAUUACAAGGUUGAAGUGGCCUAUGAGAAACUGAAGAAUCUGGGCUGGAAACCUAGGAAACGUGAAGAGACAUUUGCCGACAGCAUCGCGUUCUUUGAGAAGGCAGGCCUUAUAGAUGGGCAACCAUGUCAGCUUCCUUUUUUCUAUCGUAUGGCUGUCAAAGAAUGAACUGGAAAAAAAAAGGCUCUUUUCAGUUCAUUCUUCGACAGGCAUCACGGAUACAGUACUAAAGAACAUGUAUCUUAUAUACUAUACUAUGUAUUAAUGUAUCUUAUAUACUAUACUAUGUAUUAAUUAGUGAUCAGUAGGUAUGUAUAUGUCGUGUGACUCUUGAUUUACGUCGAUCCACGGAAAAUUACGUGUGUCAAUAUCUGUCUAUCUGUAAAAUGCUCAUGCCAGGAGGUCAUUUAA